AUGCCCUAUGAGCUGCCUUCCGAAGUAGUAGUCGAGCGCGUAGACGUGCGGCUUGAUACCAGGAUCGAGGAGAGAGGCGCAGAAGAGGGAGCUUCCAAUGAGGAAGAAGGUUCGACGACGGUCGAUGGUUCAGGAACCGUUGAUGGUUCGGGGGGUGGAGGCGAGGCAGACGACGAGGGAAUGGGAGAUGGCGAUGGACCUUCAGAUGCGGAGUCAGCAAUACUGCUUGACGGAGGCGCGAUACUUGUCGGUGGGAGCGCAACGCUGGAUGGUGGGACAACAGUACUAGAUGGCAAUGGCGCUUGGCUACUAGGUGGUGGUGCCACGCUCGAUGGAGGUGGUGGCGAGCUGCUAGGAACUGGAAUUGCGCUGGAAGAAGGAGGUGGAGGGGGUAGCCUACUUGAAGUUGGGGGAGGUGGUGGCGGCACUGAACUUGGGGGAGCAGCACUGCUCGUUGGUGCUGUGCUUGUAGUGGCUGGAGCUUCAGAAGAUGGCAAAACCUGGGACUGUGCUGUCGGCUUUUUAACAGUUGCUGUAAAGAGGGCUUCUUGGCUUAUUAAAGCAGUGGUAGUCCCAAGUGGAGAUUGA